AUGAUACAGGAGCUCACCCAUCGGUUUUCCGAUGUGGGAGAAGAGCUUAUGUCAGGCAUUCAAGCCUGCAACCCAACCACAGCGACCUUUCUCUCCGAAGAUGCUCUCAAAAGCCUCGCUAGCCACUAUAAAAUCCAACUGAAGUCAGAAGAACUCCUGGUGGCUAAACAUUUCUCCAAGAGAAGGCUGGAGAAAGAGAAAGUCCCUCACAUAGCCACUGUGUUCCAGAUGCUUGACAGUGACAUGUUUCCCACCCUGAAGGCUGUCCUCCAAAUUGCCUUGACAAUUCCGAUUGACAGCUUUGAGCAGUUCUCUACCGUUAAACAACCUACCGGCUUGACCAGCUACCCAUCUACCUUACUCAUCUACCUUCUUCACCACCACUAUCUUCACCACCUACUCAUUCACCACCCAGCUUUAUCUCGUGACCAGUUACAAUGCCACGUGGUAAAUCGUCCCGCCGUUCCCAGGCUGCAAAGCUACGCGCGGCUGGGAGCCGUGUGGGACAUCAGCGGCCUGGCAAUGCCAGAUUCGCACGCAGCCACUGGCGGUACAGGUGACCGCCAUAGAGUGCGGAAAUGGCCAAUUUCGUCCCUGACCGGACGACAACACAAAUUGGUCGUACCAGCCGAGUCUCCAGACAAGGAAUUUGUCCUCCUUGUUGGAGCUUCACAUCUCCGUUCCAUCGUCGAUGGAAUUGUGAAGAUGCCAGAGGGAAGGUUUUCCUUUGGUGCCAUGUCCACACCGGGGGCAUGCGCAACCCAGCUGCGAACCGAGGCAGCCAAUGCUGUGCUGCCUAGGACACCAGAUGCAGUCUGUGUGAUGGCUCCCAGCAACAACCUGACAUCCAGCAGGACCAUCACUGAAGCAGGAGAGGAUUUUGCAAAGCUCCUUGCGACUGCCUGCAGUCGCUGGCCUAACCUAAGCUUGUUUUUUAUUGUUUUUGCCUUGGACUUCCCCCCGCGCCUUACCGUUGACCCUGACUACCAAGACAUGAUGCGUCAGGAAUUUCGUCGUGUUGCGGCACGUAUGGGUAUGUUUAACAAAUAUUUAGGUUCAAGUACCGUGCACUUGAGUGACAGUGCGGGAAUGCCAAUCCUGGUCGGUUCGAUCUGGAACGCAGCAUAUAUGCAACUUGUUCCAGCCGAGCCGACGCCAUCUCCUGUUGUCCACAGAAGAUCACCGCCUGCGAGGAGAGUCACUCCAAGGGUGAUUGUCAAAGGAGAGGUUGCCAAAUCACCGCAACUGGAUCCUUCCAAGUGGACUGUUAUCGGCCAGGGCAGGAAGAGGAGCCAACACGAUGAACCUGAGCAGUCCAUUGAUGCACUUGAACAAGCAGGGACUGUUCAGCAGGAGGAAUUGGAGGAGAGUUAUCUUCCACUGACACCUGUGUGGUUCAGCAGUGCAAUGUUGGUUGAGAUGGACAAAAUUAGUCCAUCCCAUCUUCCUGGCCCUGAUGAGUGCACACCACCGGUUCCAAAACGGCAAAAGAAAGCAAAGAUGGAGCUGAAGCAGAGGGCUCCUGCCUCCACGAGGACCCUGGCAAUGCGACAGGGGGAGGCAGCUCCCAUGGUUGUGGAGGUGAUUUUACGGCCACCUACCAGUAGAGGGACAGUUGCUGUGGAGCAGCAGGUCUGUGCUCUUUGUGUGAAGGAUGUGCUUUCAGAGUGA